AUGCCUGGGAUCAGCGGAGCGGCGGGGGUCUGCUUCCGGGACCUGCAGCCCCCAGAGGAACAGUGCACCAAGGAGGACCUACUCCUGGCAGCUGCCUAUGUUUCCGAUGCCCAGUACAACAGAAAUGUACCAUUUGAAACAUCACCUCAGACCAUCAGACUUUACUAUUUUUAUAACCACUGGACAAUGCGAGCAGCCACAAACUUCUUUAUUUUUGUAGACCUUUCUCUGGCCUUAUUUGAGAAACCUGCGUUGUUUCCACUACCUUUCUUGGCUACUUCCAUAGCAGAAGUCCUCUGCCUGACCGCAUUCUUUGGGAGACUUGUACAUUUUGCAAAAGUCACUCCUCAAAUGGUUUUCUGGAAGGAUACCAAAAACAUCUGCAUCAUGGUAACUAUAGUGCUGACCUUGAUUGAUCUGAUUGUCUACGGAUCCCUGGAAGCUGUUAACAUCCACAGUGUUAGAUGGUCAAGGGUCUUAAGGCCAGUCUUCCUAAUUAACUUCCCUGAAAGUCGUCAAAUCCGAAGAGCUUUCCGAAGCAUCCGAAACACUCUGCCUGAUAUCCUCUAUGUCUUCCUCUUGUUUAUAUUCAAUAUGCUGAUAUUCUCCCUGAUGGCCUUGAAGCUCUUUGGGGAUAGGGGUCUUAAAACAGUGGAAGGAUCACCUUACUUUACGAACAUCCUGGACAUAGCGUUUGAGCUCUAUGUGCUGGUGACUACUGCAAACAGCCCCGAUGUCAUGAUGCCUGCCUAUGACUUCAAUUGGUGGUAUUCUUUGUACUUUAUAACGUACAUCAUCAUCAAUACCUACAUCUUCAUGUCUGUCUUUCUGGCCGUGGUCUACAACAAUUAUAGGAAGCACUUAAAGAAUGAGAUUCGCAAGCUGGCUUACCUGAAACGUCACAAGAUGAUAGAGGCUUUCAACAUCCUGAAAGUCAAUGUGGGAGCAGAGUUUGUGGUCAUGGAGGCUGAGUGGAAGCAGCUGGUAAAGGUCGUGGCGCCAGACAUCAGCAGUUCCCACCUGGAGCUUCUUUUGAGGAUCUCUGAUGAGGGACAAAAAGGACAUGUGGACAAAAUGAACUUUCUACGCUUGGCUGACCUCCUCAACAUCCAAGUGAUCACCAUAAAUGUCAAAAGACAUCCUCUGGAAGCCUGGAUACCACAAGUGUACAAGUCUUCAGUGAGCCUCUUCAUCCAAAAGAUGGUUCAGCAUAGGAUUUUUGUCUGGAUUUAUGAUGUCAUCAUUCUAAUAAAUGCCAUAUUCAUUGCUCUGGAUGAGAAAAACACCUUUGUCUCCUAUGCAGAAUGGCUUUUCCUUUCUCUAUAUAUUAUUGAGAUUCUCCUGAAACUGUACACAUAUGAGCCCAGGGCCUACUUUGGAAAGAAGCAGUUCUGGAACUGGUUUGAUAUGCUGAUUAUUAUUGCAGCCCUGGUAGCUACUGUGGCCAAUGCCACCAUCAAGUCAGCAAGACAAUACAACAGUCAGCAGAUGUUGGAUAUUGUCUUGGUAUUGAGAAUACUCCGGCUCUUAAGGGUCAUCAUCAGCAUUCAGAGAUUCCGGGUUAUAGUGACGACCUUAAUUAACAUUGGCCCUACAAUGCUGACGUUUGGUGGACUUGUUUUGGUGGUCUACUAUACGUUUGCUAUCAUUGGGAUGGAAAUAUUCCAUGGCAAAGUCCAAUUCUUUGACCCAAAUUUCACCACUCCUGAUGCUCUGGUGUGUGGGAACCCAGCUUUGAAAGAUACAGCCUUUGCCCGAGACAGAUACUGCAAAAACAAUUUCAAUGACCUCGCCUCUUCAUUCAUCGUGCUGAUGGAGCUCACGGUGGUUAACCAGUGGCAUGUCAUUGCAGGUGGUUUUGCCCUGGUGACUCAUCAGGCAGCAAAGCUGUACUUCAUCAUGUUCCACAUCGUGGUCGUCAUCCUCAUCGUUAAUAUUUUUAUAGCAUUCAUCUUGGAGGCAUUUUUUGUGGCAUAUUCAUUAGAAAAAAGUGAAGUAGAAACUGCUAUUGAAAAGAAGAUUCAAGAGCUUGGAGUGGGAGUCAAAGAGGAAGAAGUGCAGGAUGGGGAGCUCAUUGACAUCAUGGACACCAAGGACAGGAGCUUUAUCAAGAGUGAUGGAGACAGAAAAAGGAAGGCCUUGAAAGGGUCAUACUUCAGAAUUGCAUCAAAAAAGUACAAGACUGUGGAUGCUCUGCUGCAGCAAAUGUUUGAGUCUGAAAUUGCACCAGAGGAUGAAGGCCCUUCCUUGGAUGAGAUUCUGAACUUCUCACCCAGUGACAUCUAUCCCAAGAAUCCCAAUUUUGAAAAUAGUGCAUGA